UUCAUAAAAAUGGGCUUCGCUUCCGUUUCGCAUCGAGCUACCCCAAAUCAGAUCACCCGCGAGCUACAGCCGCGGGAGAGAUCGAUCGGUCGAUCUUCUCGCGCGCGCGCCCCGCCCCCCGAUCGGAUCCAGUCGGCGAGAUCCGGCGGGGGAGCGCGGGGUUUGUUUGGGCCGGGUUGGUUCGUUGAUCGAUCGAUCCCCGCUUCUUUCUUCCUCUUCUUCGUUCCGGCGCCCGGGGUGCGGAUCGGUCCUCGAUGAUGGAGUCGGCGCACGGCGGAUCGGACCGGGCCGGACCUAUAGAUUCCCCGGAACCGAGAGUUGACGUUGAACAAAAACCUGUUCUCGCUGGUACUAAAGAGCAGACCAUUGCUAGGAAGGAUGAGAAAAUACUUAAACCCACCAUUUCACUGGAUUCAAGUGUUAUCAGUCUACCAAGUGAAGGACAAGCCCAAGCUGGCACGUCCAACAUUGGUGUUGAGCAUAAUGCUGCAUAUCCGCAACAUAUGUAUUCCCCACAAGCACAACCAUUCUAUUACCCAGGACAUGAGAACCCUCCAAAUGAAUGGGACGUAUAUCCUCCUUAUGUGAGUGUGGAAGGACUGGAAGUGGGUCCCACGGUUGUAUACAACGAGGAUCCUUCAGUGAUGUACCAUGGUGGUUAUGGCUAUGACCCUUAUGCUCAAUAUUCUCCUAUCUCGACACCUGUUCCGGCUGCUGUUAGUGGAGAUGGUCAGCUCUACUCCCCUCAGCAGUUCUCCUUCUCGGCUCCUUACUACCAGCAAACAGUACCACCUGGCAUGCCAUAUUUAAGCUCUCCUACUCCAAUAUCACAGGGUGAGACAAUGAUGCCAAUUGACCCAACACAAGGAGCUUUUAUCGCUGACACUCUGAGUCCAAACAGCUUCCUUUUUGGGCCAAGACCGGAAUGGUUUAGAUCUUCAGAAGGAACUGGAUCAUUUCCAUCACCUGCAGCUUCACCUCAACCUUUUGGUGGUGUAUCAGGGGCAUUUGGACAAAGCAAUUUUCCUAUGGCUUCUGGGAUGAUGUCCCCUCAGCAGAAGUCAUUCUAUGGUUUUGGAAACCCCAGUGACUCUUAUGGAAGAGGGUUCUCUCACAGUGGGAGUUACCCACAUGCCAGUAAUUACAGGGGUCCUUUCCCUAGCUAUGGCAUGAGCAGUAGAAGUUUUAUUCCGAUUGACAAAGGGCGCAGGAGAGGAAGGGGUAAUGCUUUGUUGUGCAGUUGUGAUGGUUCACUUGACUUUCUCAAUGAGCAAAGCCGAGGUCCGCGUGCUUCUAGGCCUAAGAAGCAGCCAGAGGAUGCCAGUAUGGAUGUGAAGCCUUCUUCUGUAGUUGCCCAGGUGUCAUACAAUAGGACUGACUUUGUUACGGAGUACAGAAGUGCUAGAUUUUUUAUCAUAAAAUCGUACAGUGAAGAUAAUGUGCACAAAAGCAUCAAGUAUGGUGUUUGGGCCAGCACCACAAACGGAAACAAGAAACUAGACUCGGCCUAUCAUGAAGCGAAGGAGAAGGGAGAACAUUGUCCCAUUUUUCUGCUGUUUUCGGUGAAUGCUAGCGCACAGUUCUGCGGUGUUGCAGAGAUGACUGGUCCAGUGAAUUUUGAGAAGAGUGUGGACUACUGGCAGCAAGAUAAGUGGACGGGACAGUUCCCUGUUAAGUGGCACAUAGUGAAGGACGUUCCAAAUAAUCUCUUCCGUCAUAUAAUUCUUGAAAACAACGACAAUAAACCUGUAACUAACAGCCGGGACACACAAGAGGUGAAACUGGAACGAGGACUGGAGAUGCUUAAAAUCUUCAAGGAUCAUGAGGACGAUGCGUCGAUCCUUGAUGACUUUGACUUUUAUGAGGAACGUGAGAAAGCGUUGCUGGAGAACAAGGCACGGCUGCAUCAGCAACAGCAGAUAUCCAGCUCUAGUGCUGUUGAGCCCAAGAAGCCCUUGACUGUCCCCACUGAUCAGGUGGGUCACAUCGCCAAGAGUUCUAGCGUUGUUGAGCCCAAGAAGCCCCUUGCUGUCCCCGCUGACCUAGUCGGUCCUAUCGCCAAGAGUUCUAGCGUUGUUGAGCCCAAGAAGCCCUUGGCUGUACCCACCGACCUGGUGGGUCAUAUCACCAAGAGUUUCGCACAGGCUGUGCGGCUUGGUGGUGAGGCCAAGAGCGUUAGCCCUUUGGCCGAUAAAGGCCCUGCCGGGGAUUCAUCUGUUGCGGCGAAGCCUGUCGAAGUCAAGGAGAGCAGCUAACAUGUAGAACCUGCUCAGGGCAAUGUAAUUUGGUUGCGUGCUCGAAACAUCCACGGGCUUUGUUGUCCGGUGCCGCCAAAUAUGAAGAUGCGGCUGGCGACGACAACGUCUUGUGCUUCUCGUCGGGCGUGAUGUACACUAGGGAGGAUAAUAUAGGUCUCUCUUUGCCAAGCUUGGAUGGAAGCUUACUAGUUCCUUGAAUAGUUCCUCUCUUUUUCUUCUUUUGCUUCCUACUUCUCUUCUAUUUUCUACCCCUCGCAUUUCCUUUUGCAUUAUUAUAUGGAUAUGGUAUUCUUAGUUUGUAGGCUUAAGGUGGAGAGCUCUGCAGUUUUUGUGCAAGCCUCUGUAAGUUUCAAUGUUGGAUCACAUUCAGAUGAAUAAUAUUUUGCUACUUUUCUCCCUCUCUA